UGCGACUCGCAGCGCCGGCGGAUUUGGGGUCCCCCGCCCCCAGCGGGCGAUGGGCCCCUCGGGCGCCCGGGGAGGCGUCCCGCGGGUGCUGGCCGGGGGCGUCCUGGCCGCGGCGCUGGCGCUGGGGGCCGGGGGCUGGCUCCCCGCAGGCCCCGGACACCCCAUCGGCGCGCCCCAGCCCCCCGAACUCCCUACAGCCCCCGGAGCUGGACCAGGCCUGGAGACCCCUGCUAGACAUAGCGGGACGGGGCCCGAGCGGAGCGCACAGGACCUGUCCCGUGUGAUUUGGCCCCAUGUGGAAAGCUCCCACUUGAAGACUGCUGGAGAAGCACCACUUGGGAUGAAAUCCAACAUGAAAAUCCAGGUCAUCACCCCGCCCCAGACUUCUGCAGCCUCCCCUGGGCCGUGGACUCAUUCCUUAUUUGCUUUCAUGCCAUCCUUGCCACCAAAGAGCUUCUUGGAGAGAGGGUCUCCCCAGGUAGCACACCACCUGUAUGGAGCUAUUUCAAGAGCCGUUCAAGGGAAUUCUGGGAAUGGAGUCAUUUUCCAGAAAUGUGCACUGGUGGCUGGGCAGAGUGAGCCGCAGACAGUGCAGGUUCAGCUGUUAGUGAACAACACCAAGACGCCGGGCGCAGCCAACCUCUCAGAUCUGCUCCUGCUGGAUGCCAUCACAGGCCUCACCAUCAAGGAGUUCGUUGGAAAUAAGACCCCCGAUGGAUUUCAGGCUUUUGGAAAGAAGUUUCUGGAAGUGGGAGACGCCUACUGGGUCAGCUACACCGCCUCGCUGGACUCCGGAGCCCUUGGAACUGGGGAGAGCCUGAGCCUUCCUGCCCAGCUGAGCUUCCAGAGCUCAUCGCAGAACAGAACACAGUUAAAAGCCCAUCUUACUAUAACAGUCAAGGAAAAGAUAACGGUUCUGCCCAACCAUGGUCUCCAUGCUGCAGGCUUCUUCGUUGCCUUUCUCAUCUCCCUGGUGCUGACUUGGGUAACACUUUUCCUCAUGGCACGGUGUCAGUGUCUACAGAGAAGUGUGCUGGACAGAUGCUGGGUUCAGCACCCUGAGAGCAAGCUGGAACUGUCACCGUUUGCCUCGGCUGAUGGCAUGAGUGAGGACCUUUCCCUUAAUGACCAAAUGGUGGCCAUCCUGACCUCUGAGGACCCCGGGAGCAUGCUUCAACAUUUAGAAGAGUUGGAGAUUGCAACCCUGAACCGGGCGGAUGCAGAUCUGGAGGCUUGUAGGACCCAAAUCAGCAAGGAUAUCAUUGCCCUCCUAUUGAAAAAUCUGACCAGUGCUGGCCAUCUCUCUCCCCAAGUGGAGAGGAGGAUGGGUGCUAUUUUCAAAAAGCAGUUUCUGCUGCUGGAAAAGGAAAUACAAGAGGAGUACGAUCGAAAGAUGUUGGCGUUGACAGCUGAAUGCGACCUGGAAGCAAGAAAGAAGACAGAAAGCCAGUAUCACAGGGAGAUGGUGGCGAUGGAGGAAGCAGAAGAGCUGCUGAAACGAGUUAGUGAGCGGUCUGCCGCUGAGUGCAGCAGCCUUCUGCGGACCCUCCAUGGCCUGGAGCAGGAGCACCUGAUGAGGUCUCUUGCUUUGCGCCAGGAAGAAGACUUCGCCCAGGCUCACAGGCAGCUGGCUAUUUCCCAGAGAAAUGAGUUGCACGGUAUCUUCUUCACCCAGAUACAAAGUGCUGUGUUCAAAGGGGAACUGAAGCCAGAGGCGGCUGAGGCUGUGCUGCAGGAGUAUUCUGAAACACAGGAGAAUGUGGACGAGUUAAUGGACUUCUUCCAGGCCACCAAGAGGUGUCAUCUGAGUAAGAGGUUUGGCCACAGAGAGUACUUGGUUCGGAACCUGCAGUCCACAGACACCCGUGUGCAAGGCCUCCUGGACGCCGCAUCCACCCAGCUGACACACCUCAUCCAGAAGCAUGAGAGGGCGGGGUAUUUGGAUGAAGGUCAAGUGGACACACUGUUGGAGCGGGUGCAGACAGAAGUCUUCUCUAUAAAGCAGAAACUGGACAAUGACUUAAAGCAGGAAAAGAAAAAGCUCCACCAAAAACUAGUAAUGAAGAGGAGACGAGAACUUCUGCUGAAGUACAAGGAGCAGCAGAAGGCGCAGCUGUCGGUUGGGGAGGCCCUGCAAGCUGCCGAUGACGCUGGCCAGUACCUGCGCCAGUGGAGGAACAUGGUAGCCGAGCACAGUGCUGCCCUGGAGGAGCUGCAGGAGCACCUGGACCAGGCUGCCCUGGACGACCUCCGGGCCCUGACCUUGUCACUGUCCGAGAAGGCCACUGAGGAGCUGCGGCGUCUACAGACCUCGGCAAUGACCCAGGAGCUGCUGAAGCGCAGUGUGCCCUGGCUCUUCCUGCAGCAGAUCCUAGAGGAGCAUAGCCGGGAGACGGCUGCCCGGGCCGCGCAGCUGGAGGCCGAGGAGAGGGGCCGGGGCCAGGAGGGGGUGCAGGGCGUGAGGCAGAGGCUGCAGCACGAUGCACUGGAGGCCUCCACCAAGGAGCAGGCUGAGCUGAGGCGCUGGGAGCACUUGGUCUUCACGAAGCUCUGCUGCACGGCCUUCUCGCUGUCCAAGGAGGAGCUGCUGAGGAUGAGGCAGGAGGCACACAGCUGCUUUGCUCAGAUGGACCGGAGCUUGGCCCUCCCCAAAAUCCGUGCCCGAGUCCUGCAGCAGCAAUUCCAGACUGCCUGGCGGGAAGCAGAGUUUCUGAAAUUGGACCAAGCCCUGGCGGCCCCUGAGUUGCAGUCCAAGGCGAGAAAGACACGGUCCAAGAGUAGAAGCAAGGCAGACCUUCUGAAGAAGUGCAUCGAAGAUAAGAUCCGCCUCUUCAAGGAGCAGGCCCCAGAAGACCUGGUGGAAAAGGUGCGGGGAGAACUGCUGCAGGAGAGGGUGCAACAGCUGGAGGCCCAGGAGGCGCACUUUGCAGAAUCACUUGUCGCUCUGCAGUUCCAGAAGGCAGCCCAGGCCACUGAGACCCUGUCGGCCUGCUCUGCCCUGCUCAGCAUCCAGGACUUGCUGCUGGAACUGCUGAGUGAGUCAGAGACACUGACCGCAUCGGCCUGUGCCCGGAUCCUGGAGUCCCACAGUCCGGAGCUCCAGGAGCUGGAGAGGAAGCUGGAAGAGCAGCUGGCACGGCAGGAGGUGACCCAGCAGCAGCAGGCCCUGGCCAGCUGGCAGCAGUGGGUUGCCGAUGGGCCCAGGCUUCUGAGCGAGGCUGGGGAGGUGGACUCUGAAAGGCAGGUCUCUGCCAUCCUGCGGCAAACCCUGAGAAAGAGCCAGAAGCUGUUGGAGCACCAUCAACAGAGGGUGAGGGAGGAGCAGCAGAGCAGUGCAAUGCUGGAAGACCUGCUGGAAAACAAGGAGAAUGACACCUUUGCCAACCUGUGCAGCCAGGAGCUGAGGCUGGCAUCUUACUUCUUGAAGAUGACGAUGGUGCCCAGAGCUGCACUGCACCGGCUCCUGAGCGUGGUGCUGCCCACAGCCUCCCAGCCCCAGCUGCUGGCCUUGCUGGACUCAGCCAGCGAGAGACAUUCAGACCACGUGGCAGAGAACGAGGGCAGCGGGGAGCAGGCCGACCUGGGCAGGAGUCGGAAACACCAGGCCUGGUGGCGAACGUUUGAGAGCAAGCUGCGUGCAGACCUGGUGAGCAGAGGACUAGAUCAGAUGUGCUGGGCCCGCCGGAGGAAGGAGAGCAUCUUAAGGAAGACAUGCCUCCCUGUCAGAGAGAGGGCGAUGUUCCCUGGAAAAGGAAGUUGGCCACACCUCUCUCUGGAGCCCAUUGGCGACCCGGCACCCAUCUCCAUCACCGGCGCAGAAACCAUCGAUGUCUUAAACACAGGUGAAAAGAUCUUCAUAUUCAGAAGCCCAGAGGAGCCCGAGUUCUCAUUGCGUGCUCCUCCCAGGAGGAAGAAGAACUUUCUGAAUGCCAAAAAGGCCAGCAGCGCCUUGGCCUUGGACUAGCCGGGAAGCAUCUGAAGACAGAAAGACUUGCUUUGUCCUGCACACCUGGGUCGUGUGUUUGUUUCUAAGAUAUGACUUAGAGGAUGUAAACUGCACAUGCAGAAGACAUAGUGUCCCACAUGCUGGCUGUCAAGGGCUCCAUUUACUCCAUCUCAGAAAUUCCAUUGCACCCGCUCUCUUUUGUAUCACAAGGGCCUGAACACUGAUCCCUUUAAGUCCUGUGGAACCAGGAACCUGGAGGAGACCCUGGCUCCUGCCACACCCCAGUGCCUAACUGUGUGACUGACGUGACUUCACACACUUCUUCCUGUUUUUAUA